AUGCCUGGAGAGAGCAAAAUGUCCAACAGCAGCUCCCUCCACGAGUUCUUCCUCCUGGCGUUUGCAGACACACGAGAGCUGCAGCUCUUGCACUUCUCGCUCUUCCUGGGCAUCUACCUGGCUGCCCUCCUGGCAGAGUUUUAUCUCCUCACAGCCAUGGCCUAUGACCGCUUCAUUGCCAUCUGCAGACCCCUGCACUAUGGGACCCUCAUGGACAGCAGAGCCUGUGUCCAAAUGGCAGCAGCUGCCUGGGGCAGUGGUUUUCUCCAUGCUGUGCUGCACACUGCUAACACAUUUUCAAUACCACUCUGCCAAGGCAAUGCCCUGGACCAGUUCUUCUGUGAGAAUCCCCAGAUCCUCAAGCUCUCCUGCUCAGACUCCUACCUCAGGGAACUUGGGUUUCUUGUGGUUGGUGCCUGUUUAGUCUUUGGAUGUUUCAUUUUCAUUGUGGUGUCCUACGUGCAGAUCUUCACUGCUGUGCUGAGGAUCCCCUCUGAGCAGGGCCAGCACAAAGCCUUUUCCAUGUGCCUCCCGCACCUGGCCGUGGUCUCCCUGUUUCUCAGCACUGUCAUGUUUGCCUACCUGAAGCCCCCCUCCCUCUCCUCCCCAUCUCUGGAUCUGGUGGUGGCUGUUCUGUACUCAGUGGUGCCUCCAGAGCAGGAGCUCCACUACCUCGUGGCCACUGCAGGCAAGGUUGACACUGAUUAUCCCAUCCCUGCUCCCCAGUUUGGCUACAAAGAUGUCAUGGAAGACCAUGUCAAAGACCUUCCUAAAUUCAAGGUGUACAGCAUGCACUGCACUCCCCUUGUCCACACAGCCAGUCGUCCCACCACAGAAGGCAGUCAGAUUGGCCAGGCACAGUUUGCCCUCGAUGACUUCAGGCUGGCUGUUCCCAAGGCCUUCGUGUGGCUGGAAUGA